AACAUAGGUUGUAAAGUUACAACAUAAUUUGUUGAGUUUCAUAAUUAACUAAUAAACAAUUAGUGAAAGUUCCACAUGUUAACUUGAACUUCAAUAGACACAGGGACUCGCAUACUUUGGUACCGGCACAGUCACAGGCACAGUCAGGAACGUCAGAACAGGAGGGGGGGCGCAAAGCUCCGGUUUUGCCCCCUCCCCCUUCCACCCACCAACUCCACACACUGACGCCUAUCACUGGAAUUGCGAACUCUGCGACUUUCAAAAAUCGUCGACGGCACGGCGAAGAAGGUUGAUAACUGACAUAAGAAGCAAGUCCUGGCUUGAUGACGAUAAGUUUACCUAUUAGUACGCUGUGGCGACUUUUUCGGGAGUUUUGAUUCAGUAUUUGGCACGUUGAGAUGUUUCGGACCGCACAUGUCGCUGGACGGGUAUGCUGUAGCCAGAGAACAGUGACGAAAUAGAAAUAUAUGAAGACUAGUAUGAGAAAUGGUGAAGUAGAGACUCCUUCAGCAGGACAGUACUGCAAGUUAAAGCAUGUAGGAAGACCAGCUUACCUGGAGGCAGGUAAAUGAUGCAUUCACACUGGUAUAAGCUUGUAACGGGCAACGUUAAUUUCAGUCUGAGGACGACGAAGCAGGUAACAGGACGACGGGUCCAGUGUGUUUUUUUCCCACCUGGCAUCUGCUUCGUCGUCCUCUGUCUAACAUCUCCUCUGCAUCAUGCAUGCAGGUUCAUGGUAACGAGUAUGGCGGGCUAGAAUGCUGUGCUUCUGUGCGCCUUGCUUUCCUUUUAGUCUCUCAACAGUCUACUCUGUAGCUUAGUGAAAAUAUUGUAAAGAAACACCAAGAGUGUGAACAGGAUGACUCCUGCUCUUCUUGUUGCAUUAUACAUGCCGCCUCAUUUUGCACAGGUGUUUCACCAGGAUCUGCAAGAUUUCAUUGAUCUUGAGCCGGACGAAGUGAUACCAAAAGCUGCAAAAAUCAAGAUUGCUCACAAAUCCCGGAUCACUACCGCCACCACGCAUAUUACUCGAAGGCCACGUCAGAAGAGCAGCACGCAAGAUUUUGAAGACGCAGCACCUCUGAUGGUCCCGGGCCGACAGCUUGUAGCUUCCCUCGAGACAGCGCACACGCCACUGCAGGACCCGGGUGAUUAUAAAAAAUUCGUCCUUCCCGGCUUUGGUAACCAAGAAAGUGUCUUGUCAAAGGGUACUCCCAUAAAUGGGAAAGCAAGACGCCACAUCGUUUCAGAGCUGCUUCAAGCGUGUGCCAAAAUUGCAUGGUUUCCGUCUCCAUGCGCACGACAGGGCGCUUGAUCUACUUUUGUUGAAGUACCCCCACUUGGUGGAUACUAUUGGAACUGGAGGGAACAUGGACAACCUUGGAAUUGAAGGUGAAAAUGGCACCACCAUACAGCAACACCAGGAAUGGUUACUAACAUCAGCGCCCGAGGAAACGGACCACUACAAGGAAAGUAUGGUGGUUACAGCAAAGGCAAGGCAAGAACAUAUCAAGUCCCUGACAGUCCAGGAGGCGCUAAACAUCUAUCCAUUCCUCAAGAGUCAGACAAUAGUAGUUGCCUUAUUGGAGUUCGAAAUACAGAGAGGAAACUGGUUAUGCCAAUCCCGAGUGGGUUGACGACUGUAACAGCCUUCAUUAAUGAACAGGAAAGUGAAGAGGAUAUCACUAUUGUACAGUAUACAGAUGACACAGUUGCUGCAAUUGCGCUGCGCUGUGGAGAUAGCAUGGAUGCCCUAUUCACUAAGGUGUGUGCUAUUUAUUUCAAACUUUAUUUAGCAAUGGAGACCCA